AUGUCAAACAGACGGGAAGUAGUCAUCAUUCCCACGGAGGAACAUCUGAAAAAGGAAAAGCAGGCUUUACUGGGAUUGAAGCUUAUGGAAGCAAUUUGGAGCAUAAUGUGCAUCGGGCUGCAUUCGGUUGGCUUUCAGAAUUCAACGGAACCGUUCCCGUACCCGUACGAACAGCUAUUCUGUGGAGUUUUCGUGGGAUCCUCGCUGAUCUCGACCAUUUUCUUUCUGUCCGUUUGCUGUGGAUACAUCAAGAUCAAUUACGUUGCUGAAACGGUGGUUUCGUUGAUGAGUUUCGUGGCAUUUGCCGCCUGUGGAUUUAUUGCGAUGUAUCACGUCGAAAACGAUGUUCACCUGAAGUACAUGACCGGCAAGGAGGAAAAAAGUCACAAGUUCUUUAUCCGCGGUCGAAUGGAGAGUAUUUUGUCGAUGCAAACGUCUGGGAUAUUUCUUGUACAUGGAGUACUUAUGUUGGAUGCUCUGGGCUGGUUGAACACAGUGUUUGGAGGAUGCCGUUCACGACUAAUCGUCUACGGAAGAGAUAAGCAUGCCUAUUAUGGGCGGUUAUGUUUGAACCCUUUCUGGAUACUGCCAUGGGAAAAGAUGGUACACUUGUUUCGAAAAUGCUGCCAAAGAACACCUGAAUAA